AUGACUUGUUGCAGCCAGCGCAACGCGAACGUUCCGGAGCAGAAGCAGACGCAGCAGCAGCAGCAGCAGGGCGGUCCAAGCACCGAAGUUGACGAGGCGGUGGCAGCCGUCAAGUCGACCAAGGGCAAGGGCAACAAGGGCAAGGCGCACAAGCUCACCAGCGCCGAGAGGAAGAGGCAGAAGGAGGCCAAGGGGCAAGUGGAGUCGCAGGUGGAGGCUGAAGUGGAAGAUGAGGACGAGGAAGAGAAGACCGAGGGAGAGAUCUCUUGGUCUUCAUCUCCGACUCCAAGUCCGAAGCGUUGCGUUGUUUCUUUUCGGUCUGUGUUCUGA